AAUGAACAAGGCGUGAAAUACACCCAACGCGUCCUUGCAGUCCACGAGGUUCCACGCUCUGGUAAGCCGGACGAACUUUUGGCCAAGUACCGCAUCGACGCCGCGGCCAUUUGUGAGGAGGUGCGCGCCCUUGUUAACGCCUGACGCGACCCCUUCCAUGUCGGCAUCAACCAAUCAAUUAGUCUGCCCUUGUAGUCUGCCCCUGUAG